AGUGGCCCUUGUUCAUGUGUCCCUGCCUAAUGUGGUGUUAUAUGGACUGGACUCUGAAAAUCUGUGGACACUAUUCAUCUGAAUGAGGAACAGCAUGGCUGGGACAGAGCCAUUUUUGGCAGAUGGCAAUCAGGAGUUAUUUCCCUGUGAAGUCUGUGGAAGACGCUUUGCAGCAGAUGUUCUGGAAAGACAUGGACCAAUAUGUAGAAAACUCUUCAACAAAAAGCGUAAACCUUUCAACUCCUUGAAGCAAAGAUUACAGGGCACUGACAUUCUUACAGUGAGGAAGACUACUCACUCCCAGCAUCAACCUGUAAGGAAAUCUAACUGGAGACAGCAGCAUGAAGACUUCAUUAAUGCAAUUCGAUCAGCAAAGCAGUGCACACUUGCCAUUAAAGAAGGCCGGCCUCUCCCACCUCCACCCCCUCCAUCCAUCAAUCCAGAUUAUAUUCAGUGCCCAUAUUGUAUGAGGAGGUUUAAUGAAACUGCAGCCACGCGACAUAUAAAUUUCUGCAAGGAUCAGUCUUCUCGAAAAGUCUUUGAUCCAGCUCAGACAGCAGCCAAAUUGGCAUCCAGAGCUCAGGGCAGGGCUCAGGUGAGUCCCAAAAAAGAACCAACUGUUACCAGUGCUGUGGGAGCUUUGCUGCAGAACAGGGCCCUGGAUACCACAAAUGGAGUCCCAACCAGGUCAGGAUUAGCUACGGACCCUACUUCUGGAGCAAAACUCAGACAAGGAUUUAGUAAAUCUUCUAAGAAAGAUUAACUCCUAGA